AUGGAUCAUGAGCCGGAGAAUAAUCAGCAAUCGUCUCCGGCGAUAAUACUCAAGGACAUAGCUCUUUUAGAUGAUUAUCACGUGAUGAUGACGUUGACUGCCGAGGGAGAGUUACAAUCAGUUGGGUACGAACGCUGGAGUUUGUCGAUGAAGAAUGUUCUUGGUUUCAUCGUCGAAGGUAAGCAGAUUAGAUUAAAAGCAGUGGUGAAGAGAGAUGGAGGAGGAAUCUGCUGCGGAGACUCAGAUGGAUUUUAUUUCGCCAGGAAGGACUUCGUCAUCGAGCCUCUCUAUGAAGAUGCUAAAGAUCGAUGGUGCUACAAGCUCCGUCAGUUUCUCGAAUCUCUCGGUCGGCCCAAGAGAUUGCUUGUAUUCGUGAACCCAUUUGGCGGGAAGAAAUCGGCGAGAAAGGUUUUUGCAAAGGAAGUAAAACCAUUGCUUGAAGAUGCUGAUGUUGAACUUGAUGUUCGAGAAACCAAGUAUCAGUUGCAUGCAAAGGAGAUUGCUAAGUCCAUGGAUUUAUCAAAGUACGACGGUAUUGUUUGUGUCAGCGGUGACGGUGUUCUUGUUGAGGUUGUAAAUGGGAUGCUCGAAAGAGCAGACUGGAGAAAGGCCGUGAAAUUGCCGAUUGGGAUGGUCCCUGCAGGAACUGGUAAUGGUAUGAUAAAGUCAGUGUUGGACUCGGCUGGGAUUCGAUGCUGUGCAAGAAGUGCUACUAUUUCUAUUAUCCAAGGUCAUACACGUUCUGUAGAUGUGGCAACUAUCUCACAAGGGACUACCAAAUUCUUCAGUGUCUUGAUGCUUGCUUGGGGUUUAGUGGCUGAUAUAGACAUAGAGUCAGAGAAGUUCAGAUGGAUGGGAAGUGCUCGCAUUGACUUCUAUGCUCUUCAGAGGAUAAUAUGUUUAAGACAAUACAACGGACGAGUACUAUUUCUACCAGCUCCCGGGUUUGAAAGCUGUGGCCAACCAGCCAGCAUCAGUCUAUACAAAGACCCGCCUGUUAGCGAUAAAGUGCUUGGGUACCAAGGACCUGAAACUAAAUUUGAAGAUCUUGAAUGGAGGGAACUCAAAGGUCCUUUUGUUUCAGUAUGGUUACAUAAUGUUCCCUGGGGUGCUGAGGACACUUUGGCUGCUCCUAAUGCAAAGUUUUCUGAUGGCUUCCUGGACUUGAUUGUCGUGAGAAACUGCCCUAAGCUUGCCUUGUUAUCACUUAUGACAAAGUUGAGUGAUGGAACACAUGUUCAAUCACCGUAUGUAGCGUAUCUAAAGGUGAAGGCAUUCGUGCUGGAGCCGGGUGCACGGAUAGAUGAACUAGACAAGGAAGGAAUCAUAGAUUCAGACGGAGAGGUAUUGGCAAGAGGAAGAAGAUCAUAUAAAUGUGAUCAAAAGGCUCUAAUGUCUUACGACAAGCUUCAGAUAACAGUUGAUCAAGGUUUAGCUACUCUCUUCUCUCCUGAAUAAUCCUGGUUGAUAAAAUGUCUACACAUGAGAUGAACAUUCACAUCAUAAUUCCAUAAAACCCUGAUUGAUUUUUUUUGUAAAUGUUUUUCAUUCGUGGGAGUAAUUUGUUGAUUGAUGCACAUGUACCGGUUACAUUACAGGAAAUGCGAGCAAACAGAUGUUUGUUGUUUCCUUAUACAUCAGUUCUUGAGAUUC